UGUACACCCAAACAACAGCGUUCUGACCUCUGCCCUGUGCCUUUCUGAUCCUCCUCCUCUUCUUAUGUAAAUACAAAGGCAGAGCUGGGGGCCCAGGGAGUCAGGGAGCAGAGAGCCCAGGAGUCCUGAGGCCAGCUCUGCCUGCGCACUGGGGAGAUGAAGACCUCUGCAGCUGCCCUGUCCUUCCUCAUCGUUACUGCUGCUCUUGGAUCCCAGGCCCAGCGCAUUCACGAAUCCGUGAUGGAGAUGCACUGGCCUGAAGUCUCAAUAACUCGAGAAGGCUUUCACAGUCCUGCUGACUGCUGCCUCGCGUACACCCCACGAAAAAUCCGAUGUGAAGUCAUGAAAGAUUAUUUUGAAACAAGCACUGGGUGCUCACAGCCCGGUGUCAUCUUCCUCACCAAGAGGGGGCAGCGUGUCUGUGCCAACCCCCUGGAAAAGCGAGUUCGGGAUUGCAUGAGGCACCUGAAGCUGAGCUGAUCAAGGACCUGAGGAAAAUGAGUCUUGUCUGAGCAGAAGGAACACUAGGUGCCAGCCACCUCACCUCCCUCUCUCUCGCGCCAACUACCUCCUGGGAGUGUCUUGGCCUGAAUUAUCUUUUUAAAGCAACAAUUACUGUUCUGUUCUGGUUAUAAAAUCAAUGCAUUAAUAAAGAGUAUCCAGGGAACGGCCCCGUG